AUGGACACUGGAGCGGAUGUCUCGACCAUUCCUAUCUCAAGACACGAUCGUACUCACAUUGGCAAACAUUGUUACCCUACUGCUGCAAAUAGAACGAUUAUCCCUAUGUACAGACAAAAAUUACUCCAGUUUGAUUUGAGAUUCCAUCGUGUUUUUCCUUUUAUAAUCGUCGAAGUGGACACCUUCAUUAUCGACUCAGAUUUUCUAGCACGUUUCAACUUGCUGCCUGACAUACAACAUAAGCGUUUAAUCAACGGUAAUACGUUUCUUAAAGUCUCUGCUCAGCUCGUCAAAACUAUUUCUCGGUUAACAGCGUUUGCCGAUGACUGCCCAUACAAAGAGAUUCUAAGCAAGUUUCCUGAAAUAACUAGAACGUCGAUCACGCACAAACAAAUCGCACACGGAGUGGAACAUGUAAUCGAAACAACGGGUCCUCCUGUGUCAAAUAAAGCCAGACGAUUCUGUCCAGAAAAACUCAUAGCAACUAAACAAGAGUUUGAGUACAUGAUGCAACAAGACUUAUGCAGACCUUUCAAGAGCCCUUGGGCUAGUCCUCUACAUCUUGUGCAGAAGAAGAAUAGCGAUUGGCGUCCAUGUGGAGAUUACCGCAAAUGA